GGCGGUGAGGGGCGGCGGGGGGGGGACCGGGGGCAGCGGGGCCGCGAGGAUGAGCGGCCGGGGCCCUGCCGCGCUCUGCCUCGCCGCGGCCUUGGCUGCGCUGCUGCCGGCGGCGUGUGCCCGGCGGGGCCAGGACCUGCACUGCGGAGCGUGCCGGGCGCUGGUGGAUGAGCUGGAGUGGGAGAUUGCUCAGGUCGACCCCAGGAAAACCAUCCAGAUGGGCUCGUUCCGGAUCAACCCUGAUGGCAGCCAGUCGGUUGUGGAGGUGCCCUACGCCCGCUCGGAGGCACAUCUGACCGAGCUGCUGGAGCGGGUGUGUGAGAAGAUGAAGGAAUAUGGAGAGAAGGUGGAUCCGUCUACACACCGGAAAAGUUACGUCCGCAUCAUCUCCCACGAUGGGACCAAGAUGGACCUCUCUGGGGUCAAAAUUGAUGGAGAUGUGGCUUCAAGUCUGAAGUUUGCGUGCGAGAGCAUUGCCGAGGAGUACGAGGACGAGCUCAUCGAGUUCCUCUCCCACGAGGCUGACAACGUCAAGGACCGGCUCUGCAGCAAGCGGACGGACCUGUGCGACCACGCGCUGCACAUCCCGCAUGACGAGCUGUGACGUGGAUGGCCCCGGGCUGUGCCGACCCUCCCUGCCAGUGCCAGGCUCCCUCCGGACACCCCCGACCUCUUGGUUCGCCUCGUCCCCGCUGCCCUGGGGGCCGGGCAGCCCUGCCCCGGGUGCAGCCGUCGCCUCUCCCGGUCUGGUGCUCUCUCAUCCUAUUUAUUCGCCGUCCGUCCGCUGCGGCACGGUGGGACAGGACACAUCCUCGUUCGUCUGGGAACGUUUUCGGCAGCUGAAGCGUGGCUCCGGGCAGGCCGCAAGCAGAGGCUCCUCCACUGUUGCUGGGGGACGCGGGGCACCACGGGGGCUCCUGGGGGUCUCAGGCAUCCAGGGCCGGAUCCCGGGAGCCCCCCUCCCGGUUGCAGGGCAAUAAACGGGGCCGUGCAGCGGCCGAGUCACGGGGCCCACCACA